AAAAAGCCCCCUCCCAGAUCUGUUCGAAUUUGUACAGGUCUACUCCCAUUUUUGGUUCGGUUGCCUUGAGGGAUGACAUCCCUCGACUUUGGAGUCUAUGCCCUCACUGCAUACCACAACAAGAAAGUGAUGGAAGAAUUAGAGAAAGGACCGAUCAAAUCAGCCUCCGAAGAGAUAUCCUCAGAGGCCAGAACCCUAAUCGAUUCGCGCGAUCUGGAUUCUCUCAAGCAGUUGCAGCUCCUCAUAUUGGGAAGGUUGCAAGACAGCAAUGCAGUUCUUUCCCACUUCAAUGAUUACUCAGAGCAUUGUUUUGGUGAUGUCUCUGCUGAUUUCUCUAGAAAUACGCGCCUCUUGAGGACUAUGAAGUCGGAUCUUGAUUACAUAUUUCAGAAGUUGAGGCAUGUUUUUGUCUAAUAUGAAGCAUGAAGGCGAAGAUUUUGGGUACUUUUCCUGAUGCACUUCCAGAUGAAGCAACCAUUCAGGCACUUGACCACAGACCGGACCUUGAAAUGCCACAAUGAUUUUGCCCUGCUUUUAUGAAUGUAAUAUUUGGUGCUUGGAAAAGCCGUGUCCGAAUUGUGAGUGAGUGCUAGUCUAUUGCUGCUUAUGUAUCUGAUGAUGAUACAUUCUGUUGUACCAACAAAAAUGUAUCUCCUGAUGAUGUUUUGUUGUUGUGGACCUGAUUUUAUACGAAAAGCUCAUUGUACACAUUUCAAGAUGCAUAGUGCAGUGCAAUUGUUGGAGUAUAUGGUCGUUGGUCUUUUGCUCUGUAUUGCUCUAGGUUGUUCAUGAAGCAUGAUUCUUCUAUAAAUGAGAACAAG